AUGAUUGCCUCUUUUGGAAUCCAAGCCAACUCCACCAGUUCACCAGCUGCCUCACCUACUCACCACGUCUCCCUCCGCCCUCAUGGCUUCUUCGCGCCUUCGGUCAUGACAUGGCCGAGCCCACGCGGGACGCAAGCCCCCAAAAACCAAUCCGUCCACCCCCACAAAGCGCGGCAUCGACAGGGCGCUAGCGCUACCCGUUGCGCAUACUUCUUGCAUGCAGAUGGCGCUGAGGCACCCUUCAUCAGCGCCAUGACAGCCGUUCCCAGGUACCGCUCGGUCAGGUCCCGAAGGCUAUAUGCCCAGGGCUGCCCGCCAAAGCAAACGACGAGGCCACCACCUGAUUCUCCUCCUGAUCUGCGUCCUCAGCGGCAGGAAAUCAGCACACGAUGCGCUUCAGUUCAUGACACUGACGCCGGACGUCACCCCAUAGUCGUAGCAAACCCAGACACUGGCCCCCCGGCCCACCGCUCUGCCUUAGUACCGUAG